AUGUACGGAUCGGAGACCUGGGCAGCACCGCGUACGGUAAUGGAGAGGCUUGAUUGCACGGAAAGGAAGUUGCUUAAAUGGCUGUUUGGCUACUUUUGGCCUAGGGUAUGCUACAAUGAAGAGCUUUACGCGGAAGUCGAUGUGGUGUACCGGCGGAUGACACAUGGAAGAUAUCAACAUACAGCACCGCCAUCGAAAGUGGCUACAGAAAAUCGUCUUUGCUUCUUUGAUCACAUAUUAAGUAGACCAGCAGAUCGCCUUGUUUAA